GCCAGCCCGGCCAGCAUGCAACAGCAGCCCCCAUCAGGGCCCUUGGCCCCUGCAUCUGAGCCAACCAAGCCCCCCUACAGCUACAUAGCCCUGAUCGCCAUGGCCAUCCAGAGCUCCCCGGGACAGCGGGCCACGCUCAGUGGCAUCUACCGCUACAUCAUGGGCCGAUUCGCCUUCUACCGCCACAACCGGCCGGGCUGGCAGAACAGCAUUCGCCACAACCUGUCACUCAACGAGUGCUUUGUCAAGGUGCCCCGCGAUGACCGCAAGCCAGGCAAGGGCAGCUACUGGACGCUGGACCCCGACUGCCACGACAUGUUCGAGCACGGCAGUUUCCUGCGCCGACGCCGACGCUUCACCCGGCGGGCAGGUGUUGAAGGCACCAAGGGCCCUGCCAAGGCACGCCGAGGACCCCUCAGAGCCACCAGCCAGGACCCAGGAGUCCCUGAUACUACGACUGGCAGGCAGUGCCUGCUCCUGCCAGAACUUUCAGAGCCCAAAGGCCUAAGCUUUGGGGGGUUGGUGGGGACCUUGCCAGCCAAUACGUGCCCGGCAACCACCGAUGUCAGGUCCCGGUCAUCCGCGGAGCCCAAAGAGAUGCCCAUACCCAAGCCUGCAGGCUCAGGAGAGCUCCCCGUGGCCACUUCAUCUUCAUCAUGCUCAGCAUUUGGCUUUCCGGCCAGCUUCUCUGAGGCUGAGGGUUUUAGCAAGGCCCCUACACCCCUCUUGACCCCCGAAGCAGGCAUUGGGAGUAGCUACCAGUGCCGGCUGCAGGCCCUGAAUUUCUGCAUGGGCACUGACCCAGGCCUUGAACACCUCUUGGCCUCAGCAGCCCCCUCCCCUGCAACUCCCACCCCUCCAGCCUCACUGCGGGGCCCGCUGCCCCUGCCAGCGGACCCCAAGGAGCCCUGGGUUGCAGGCAGCUUCCCUGUCCAGGGAGGCUCCGGCUACCCAUUGGGACUGACCCCCUGCCUAUACCGGACUCCAGGAAUGUUCUUCUUUGAGUGAAGCCAGCCUGGCCUCGGGCAGACCUUGCGGGACCCCUCCCACCACAUCCUCCUGGCUGAGCCUGACUCUAGGAUCUGGGGAGCUCUCAAAGGACCCAGGUCUGGCAAGCCAACAGCAACUGGGACAGGAAGCCAAGAUUGGAAUAGAGGACACUCAACGAGCCCCCAGGGCCUCCGGACAGACUUGGGGUGAGGGGAAGCAGAGCCCCCUUGGGAUUUCCUCUGUGGCUCUCAGGGCCAAU